AUGAACUCUCCACCUCAUCUUACAAAUGAUAUCAGCUUCGAGAGCACGACAAGCGGGCCCAACGUCGAAAGGGCGCUGUUGUUGGCCAACUGCCCUGACAAACUCGUUGACAUGAUGCAGCAUGAGGCCUUCAAGGUUUCCGAUCUUGCUGCGGCUGAAGAGCUGGCCAAGAAUCCUGCGCCUCUUCGAAUGUUCCUCUGGGUCUCUGGUGUCGCAUCAGUCAUUACCACUCUGGAAGGACACGGCGCUGGUCAUACGUGA